AUGGCGACCCCCGGCUCUGCGCCGCGCCUGACCUCCCUGUCCAAGCCCACUCGAGCGACACUGCGAUCAUCCGUUAUCAUCCCGACACUACCGUCGGUCCUCUCCGAACUCGUCCAGAACUCGCUCGACGCCGGGGCGACCAAGAUUGAGAUCUGGAUCGAUCCGAGUAAGGCCGGACAGAGCAUACGGAUCGAAGAUGAUGGAUGUGGUAUUGAUGCAGAUGGGCUGAGCAAGCUGGGGCGGCGGGGACGGAGCUCGAUGGGCGGGAGUUGGCAGGGAGGGGGUGGGAAUGGUGGAUAUGGAUUCCGAGGAGAAGCCUUGUCCGCUGUCGCCGCUCUCGGACUCCUGGAGAUCAUCACUCGCGCUCGCGACUCGACAGAGACGCUCACCAAAGUUAUCCGGGGGUCCAAAGUGCUGUUCGAAGGCACCUCUUCCAGAUCGCUGGGGAGAGUGUCCGGUACGACUGUGAUACUGACGAUAAAGAUCCCUGUCCGCCAAGCUUCUCUCUCUGCUACCGCUUCCUCGCUCGUAUCAGCCUGCAAGAAGGUCGUCGAGACCUUCGCCCUCGUCAGACCUGAGGUCCACUGGACCGUAUGGAAAGAGGCGGCUGUGGGUGGGAGUGCGGUUGCUCUGGAAAGGGUACUGAACCUGCACCGCAACAAGAGCACCGUUGAUAUCUUCCGAAAUCUUUUCGGCACGGCUGGAGGAGAGAAAGUGCAAAGUAUCCGAGUGUCAAGCGGGAAGAAGCGCAUUGAUGGCUUCAUCAGUCUUCAGGGGUCCAUUACCCAGUCUCACCAACAUCUAUACGUCAACGGGUACCCUCUCGACCGGUACGAUCUACACUCGGUCAUCAGCAGGCGGUUCUCGCAGAGCAGGUUCUCGAUCAUGGUGGAUGAAGGCGGCUGUGACCCUAUGCCAACCAGAGACCGAAAGUCACCGCGCCGCCUGGAACGCUACCCAGUCUAUGUCUUGAACAUCCAGAUCCCAACCACCGAACUCGAUGCAGCCUAUACUCCCGGAAAGACAGUCAUGGGAUACCAGGACGAGGAGAGCAUCAAGAAAUUCCUCUUGGCGGUAGUAGACGAGUUUCUGAGGCGACACGAAUACACUGCUCCUUCGAAGUCCAAGGAGGUGUCGGAAGCGCCGGCUGGCACGCCAACGAUGGCGCGUACGGCUCUCGUUUCCCUCCGCCCAGCAUCUACGCCGCUGCGGACCCCGCAGACCCCGAUCGUCCCGCGCUCAGUCUCAGCUCUGAGCGGAUAUCGGACAUCCCGACUCGGCUUUGCGCAGUCGGUACAGUCUGCUCCAAGGGUAGGGGAGAAGCGGAAGAUGGGGAGCGAGAUGGGAGAGUACAGGUUGGACGAAAGCGGGCGGAAGCGAUACAAGUGGAUCGAGGAUAUCUUGACGGAUGUCGACAGCGGACUUCUCCCGCUCACGCCAAAAUCCGCAACGGGAGCCGCUCAGCCCUUCACGAAUACCUCUUGUACCCGAUGCUCCCAAUCCCCCGAGACCCUCAAUACCGCACAUACCACUGCGAUACCUAUGAAAACCUCUACCCUCACCCACACUUCCACCGACAUCACCUUCACCGCUGAUGCUCUUUCCCGAGCUACCGUCCUCGGCCAGAUCGACUUCAAAUUCAUCGCCACCGUCGUACCCCCUUCUACAACAUCCCCGGCCGGGUCAGGCAGCACCCUUAUCAUGAUCGACCAACAUGCGGCGGACGAGCGAAUAUCGGUCGAAUCGCUCCUCAUAGAGCUGUGCGAAGGCUUCCUCCUCGAUACCAUACCCAUCACCGAGCUCCAAGAGCCUCUGCCAGCCGUCAUUCUCGGCCGACAAGAAGCGGUCGAGCUCUCUACACCUGGAGUUGCAGAUAUCUUUGCGAGGUGGGGCAUUGAGCUCGCAGUUCCUUCCGUUGGUGCUUUCGAGGGCGGCGAUGGGCUGGGCGAGUACGUGCAGGUCCCGAUUCGAGCUGUACCGACGGCUUUGAAGGUCAGGCUGGGGAGGAAGGAGGCGAGCGAGAUGACGAGGCUUAUCAAGCUCUUCUUGCCGGUGUUGGCGGACGGACUGGGACAGGUGCAAUCUCUUAUAGAAAGAGGGCAGAGGAAUACACAGGAGGAUAAGGUGGAUUGGGGCGAGGUCUUGAGGUGGAUGCCGAAGGAGAUGCUGGAGCUGGCGAAUAGCAAGGCGUGUCGGAAUGCGAUCAUGUUUGGCGAUCGUCUGACCGUGGAUCAGUGCGAACGACUGGUCCAUCAGCUGGGAAAGAUGAGGUUCCCCUUCAUGUGCGCUCACGGACGUCCGAGUUUGGUGCCCAUCAUGAAGAUCGGGAAGCUCGCCGAUAUUGUAGCGAGUAGUGAACGGAAUACAGGCUGGAAGGACUGGGCGGGAAAGGUACGGUUGUAA